UACAAACCAAACAAGUCAAUAUUUCUUUUUCUUAAAGUGGUGCAUUUUGAAGUAGAUAUCUCUGUACAGGCACAACGAGCUCAUACAUCCCAUAGUUCUAUUGUUCCCAGUAGCGCUCCUCUCUGUAGACAUAAUGAAAGCCUUCCCCAAACUUUCAGAGCAGCAGAGACGCGUGUUCGAACCGCCAGUGAUCGCUGUGUCAGAAGGAUCAGCAGAUGGCGGCGCGAAAGAAGGCGGAGGCGCAGCAGCUGUUGAUUGAGCUGGACAGUGACAGGGACUGGGCCAAUGCCUGCAAGCGGCCGGGACUGCUGGUGGUGGACGUGUACAGCGAGUGGUGCGGCCCCUGCUCCAGCAUGACGGGACAUCUCAGGAGGAUCAAGCUAGAGCUGGGAGACGAAUUCCUGACGCUGGCCACGGCAAACGCGGAUCGCAUUGAACUCCUGGAAAAGUUUAGAGGAAAAGCAGAACCAACGUGGCUGAUCCUAGGGGCAGGCAAAGCUAUGGAUGUGAUUCACGGGGCGGACGGUCCUCGCCUCCUGAAUUCCAUAAGGAGACUGCUGAAGGUGGAAGUGGCUGCCAUCAAAGGGAACGCUGACAGACCCGUGGUGCUGCUAGACUCCCUGGUGAAGCCUGAGGAGGUGAUCGAACCUGACGAGGAUCUGGACGACGUAGAGGGAGAGCUGCACAACUUGGACGACAGCGAGGCGGCGUCUGAGCUAUCUGAGGCGGAACUACAGACUGGUGUUCUAUUCAUCUUGCCUCACAUCAUCUCGCACGACCAGGCUGAGACCUUCCUCUCCAACGUGGUGGCUGCAGGUUUUGAAAUCGUGGGUCACAUCCAAGAGGAACUAACACAAGAGGAUCUUCACGCUCUUCUCUUCCCGAAGGAGGAAGAGGUGAAGGAGGAGGAGGAGGAGGAAGAGGAUGAAAAGAAGGAAGAGGAGGGCGAAGAGGACGGGGAGGAGAAGGAAGGCACGGAGGAGUUACUGAAGGAGAGGAGAGAGAGAGAGAGAGAGAGAGAGAGAGCCCAGCAACAGACGGGAGAAGAAGGGGAAGGAGCGGCAGAAGAAGCAGAAGGAGAGGAAGGAGAUACGGAGGAGGAUCUUCUACAUUGGGAGGAAGAAUUGGGGCACGGGCCUCUCUACGUGCUACUGCUGAAGGUGGAGGAAGGCAGCGUGGUGACGGCGUGGCAUCAAGUGCUGGGACCGCCCGACCUGGACAAGGCGAGGGUGGAGGAGCCUGAAUCGCUGGUGGCGCAGUUCGGAGAGGAGGGCCACGUGGUGCCCGCCUGGCUACCUAAGGGGCGGCAGCUGCAGGAGCGUCUGUCCGCCAGGUUCUUCCCGCCGCCUCCAGAUUCCUCCGUGCCGCGCCUCCUGUUGCUGCCAGACACGGAUCACCACGAGGUGCUAGAGAAGAUGGGUGUGGCUGGAGUGCGGGUUUUGGCCCAUACCCAGGCUACUCUUUCCCAGGAAGGUCUACAGAGUGUGCCGAGUCUGGCCGCCUCACAGACACUCAUGGCCGCGGCAGGGUCUGUGGUGUUGGCCGUGGCAGUGUCUGGCGAAGGGAUGGAGGAGUGUGCCGCUGAGUACUCGCCUCUGCACCUUACCACGGACAGCAACAGCGCCAAGGGGGAGGUGGAGCUGUUCUUCCCGGACCUCCUCACGCCGCAGGAGCAGGAGGAGGAGCCGCAGACACAGAUGCAGAUUGAACAGAGCAAGGAAGGAGAUGCAGCUUGAGUGGCUCGAGUUUACUGCAUGAAAAGUGUGAAUAGAAACAACUCUGGUGAUUGAUGGGUUUGAAUGCCAUCUAAGGUUGUGAUUGGUGCGUCUUGAUUAAAAGAUAGUUGGUGAUUGGUGAGUUUGAGUUUAUUAUUAGUGGGUUUAUUUGAUUGUUUUAAUGGGAGAAUUUGAAUCUAUAAACGAACGGUGAUUUGUGCGUUGAAAUUGACGUUGAAAUUAGAACGUUCGAAAAAAAAAGGACAAAUGAAUAAGUAAAAUAUGAGUGAAAUACAUAGGCAGAUAAACUGAUGAAUAAAUGAAUGAACUGAUGAAUGAAAUAAGUUUUUCCACAUUAAAUCAAUAAAUUAAAAUGAUGUAGUAAUAUUAUGUUAAUCUGUAAUUCCAUAUACGUAUCUUUUAUCAAUAUCAUUUAUUAGAAUACGAGUUUUAUCUGUAGUUCAUAUGAGCGAGAGAUGAUGAAGCCACAAAAAUGAAUGUAAUAGUAAUGAAAUUUUAAGAAAUAUAUUUUUUUAUUUAUCCACUUUUUAUGGUCUUUAUUUCUAUUGCUUCUCUUUUUUUCUGUCUACAUUUAUCAUUUAUUUGUUCAUCUUUAGGCUUUCAUAUACUCGUAACAAACUUAAUUUCACUACAUCGUUCACUUGAUCUGCUCUAAUAACGUGUAAAGACUGCAGGGAAAGGAGGAACAGGAGGGACACAGCGAGGACAGUUAGGAUGUCUGCCAGCUUGUCUUCUACAUUCAACAAUCCGAGUCUCAUCAGCAAUCGUCUUAAAAGUUUUCUUCCUGAGCCGCCUAUCGAAUUUUGAAGGACAACAUUUGAAAGUCUCACAUCUCAUAAACGGACUCUUUGCAGAUACAGAUUUUUCUCCAAUCUUUUUCUUCCAUCUUGCUUGUUCGGUCACAUUCGGUUACGGAAUUAUUUAUAAAGAAGCAUAUGUGCAUAAAUCAACCUAACGAAACCUACCU